AGGACUCAUUCUCAUGGUGUCGCCAAUGACCUAUUAAGGAUGUAGAAGUACAAGUUUCAUCACUGUAAGAACGCUAGUACUUCUACCGCUUUCGCACCAAGAGUAAGUACUACAGGUAGUUUCACAGCUCCAUCGAAGGACUACCUCUUAUCCCAGCACCAUGCCGAAGGUUUUUUGCGCGCAGUGCGAGAAGCAGAUCAAGGGCCGCUACUUCCAAAACAAGGAAGGCGCCUCCUUGUGCCGCGACUGCGCCGAGGGGAAUGCGGGGUCUUGCUUCGUGUGCGGCGAAACCAUGCUGGGCUCUUCGAAGGGGUUGAAGAUCGACGGCAAGCCCAUCCACCGGGAGUGUUUCAACUGCGUCGAUUGCCAGGAGCCGAUCGGGGAGUCCGGGUUUCAGAUGAAGGCCCGAUUGUGUGUGGACGAGUCGAGACGGGAGCUGUUCACGGAUAAGGACCUCGUCUGCUCCAAGUGCGCCAAAAAGUUUAGGAAAGCGGAGAAAGCCUUGCGGGAUCAAGAGCACCCCGGAGAGGAAUUGCCCGAGGAGCCGCCGGUACCCGAGGGCGGGGAAAUGAUGCACGAAAAGCGGAUGAGCCUGCAGCUGCAAGAAAUGAACGAGGCGGUGAUGCUGGCGGCGGGAAACGCCAAUGCGCGACCAGUAUCCGGAGUGUCCGAGGAGGCGGGCGAUGCUGAUGCUGCGCCUGAGCCCGCGCCGGCCCGCCCUCGGGGUGUGAGCCACCAGAAGCGUGACCGCGCAAGCGGAGUUUCAGAGGAAAGAAAAUCAGUCUCCCGGGUAAGCCAGCGGCUAGAGGCAAUGAAUGAAGCAGUAGUGAUGGCCGCUGGAAACCCGAACGCACGGCCAGUAUCUGGAGCUUCAGAGGAGGCAGACGCAGACCCCGCUCCUCAGGCGAGAAAGUCAACGACGAAAAGGUGUUUACUGUGUGAUGUUUUUGUGUUAAUAAACAAGUCAGUGCAUUUUUCUCUUGUUUUCGCUAGAUGCGACUUCAUGAUAGAUUGAUUCUAUCGUACGCAGGUGUUGAACGCCAGUGAGCAGUACUUACUUGUGUUUGAGUCCAUGAAAUGAAUUCCAACAACUGUCCACAGUUAUUACGAGGCUGGCGCGGCCGCCAGGAAGAGCAGUAAACUAGCCGCAAGUGUACCCAGCCAAGACGAGGAAAGGCUUUCCGGCAAGCUUCGCGCGAUGCAAGAAGCCGUGAUCACUGCAACGCCGCCACCGGCGAGCCAGGAAUAUCCGGAUGUGGACUUUGACCACCGUGCGUCAGGCGCGGCAUCGAGGGCAUCGCGGAAAAGUAAGCAGUCGCAGUCGACCGUCAACACCUACACAGAACUACCUUAUCCAGGCAGCGCUGAAUCCACCAACUACAAUCCCCCGUCGCGACCGUCCACCCGUCCGUCCCACGCUUCGGGCAAAGGAGGGAGUGUCAACAACAUCGUGUGCGCGUUGUGCCAGAAGAAAAUCAAAGAGGGCGAUGAGACGUGCAAGACCGGCGCUGGCGUUGUCUUUCACAAAGCCUGCUUCACCUGCACCAAAUGCAAGACCUCGAUUUCCGGCUCUUUCGUCCGCGGGAAGGACGGGAAAUUGAUCUGUCAGAAGUGCGUCCCGGUGUGUGCGGGCUGCAAAAAGCCGCUGUCGGGCCAGGUGUUGGCCGUCGGUGAUAAGGCCUACCACGUGUCGAACCCGGUCGACGGAAGCUGCUGCUUCAAGUGUCACAGGUAAGUACAACGGAAUCUAUUUCCCUCACGCCGGUGGUUUGUUUGGUUCUCCACUUCAGAAUAGAAAUAAAGUCAUACAUGAUAGAUAGGCAUCGUGGCCCUGAGGUGGACGGUACGAAGGCAGUCAUAGCUCUGACAAGGACAAAGUGACUCGACUGUGAGUGAUUACUUACAUUGGUUUCGACGAAUCCUAAGAUCUAUCGUUUGAUUUUAACAAAACAGCUGUUCCAAGUCCCUGCUCGCUGGUUACUUCGACGACCCGCAGGACGAAGACCGGAAACUGUGUGCCACCUGCUACGGCGGUGCGCUCGAGGACGAGGAGAACGCCAAGCACCAGGAGGAGGAGGCGCAGCAGCGGGAAAGCAACCAAAAGCUGGAGCUGUACAAUGGCUGCGUUUGGUCCGAUGGGUUCCGCGGCCGCAGCGCGGACGUCGCGAACUUGUUCUCCACGGCGGGAGCCGGUGUCGUAGAGGGAAAGAUGUGCCUCUCCUUCAACGAACAGGCUGGCGAGAGCGCGGCUGCGUUGAAUGUGAUCCAGCUGACGGAUCCGACGAAAAAUAGCAACGCCGUCGUGAAUCUGGAAUACCUCGUUCUCGCCGCUCAAUUUUUCAGUGCGAAUGAUGAUGCCGAGCCGAUCUUCUCGCUGGACCCCUUCGACCCGGAAGACAUGGGCGGGCCGUACCAGGUGAAGAAGUUUGUCCCGAAAACCAUGGUGGAAAGCAGUUUCGGCGAGGUCAUUUUCCAGGCGGACUACUUUUUGAAAAAAGCGUGUUUCGGAGAGAUCGAAAUGCCGGAAAGUUUCGGCGCCACAUUGUUUGACAUGCUGGACGAACACCCGCUGGACCACUCCGGCGUGCGGCAGUGGUUUGUGAUUGAGAACGCGUCCGUCUCGAUCGGUCCCAACGGGGUGCUGGUCCCGGACUGCGAGCUCGCGGUUGAGGCACGGGAAUUCCGAUUCGACCAGAAUAGUGGCCGCUACCUCGACAAGCACGACUUUGACCGCGCCGAAGACGACAUCGCGACCGUGCACGCACAAAAGUUCACCGAGCACAUGGAGGACAUCAUGGCGGUGUCGCCAGAGCUGCAGGAAUUGAUGCAGGUAUAUAAAACUCGUAGAUUGUUUUGUGUGUCAUUGAAUUGAACUGAUAUGUUUUGGAUGGACCAACAUUGUGCUAUCACGACAGACUGCAGAAGAUUAUAAUGAUGAAUCACUUCAUCUUCGGAAAUUAUCGACACAGGUUGCGAAAGCCAUGGUUUUGGUAAAGUACCUUUGCACCAGCAAAAAGCUGAACGUUACGGGCCCCGCGCUGCGCUACGGGCCGAGGUCGGUCCUUGACGAGAUCAACCGAGUACGAAAGCAGAACCGAUUAGACAAGCUAGCGACGUACCAGAUGAAGAUUCCCACCCUGACGAAAUACGCAAGCGUGACUGCCGUGCAGGAAGAUUCGAAGAGAAACACAAUAACGAAAAGCCAGGUGCACCAGACCGUCUUUGGCGGCAUCGAUCUGGAAAUAGGAGAAAUCGAGGAAAUAGUACUGGCCGACCCGGUACCCACAACGGGUCAAAAAAUCGCUUUUGCGUUUGCCACACAUACAUGAAUUAUUUUUUUUUGGGGGGUCUUCGACUGCUCAGUGGGAGUCGUGUUUUUACGCUAGAUACGGUUCUUCAUAUUUGACUUUUUUUGAUGUUUAUCACAACAUACUUACAUGAAGAUGAUCGUGAACCACGCGUAUUUCGACCGAAAGGCACUGGCGAGCAAAACUGCUUGUAUCGAUCCCGCCACUUACUUUGGAUGCCGACCCCGUGUCUCAUUUCCAAGAUACGCGAACUUCGCGAUGUCUCGCAGUUUUCCAAUAGGCCAGACCCGGCAGGCCCUUUUCGGUAGGUCGGUAGGUAGUUAAGUACGGAUGCACCUCGGUGCAUCAUUUUCGAGUAAGUGACGGAAAGGACGAGAGUUCUUUGGAAAGGGCUAGCAGAUCCCUGGCAAGCUAAUGCAAGGCGGCACGACUGGACCCGCA